AUGAGGAUCCCCAUGAAGAUGCCAUCAGACUUGAUCCUUCUUUUGCAAGACUUGACCUCAAGGCGCACCUGGCUAGACCUACCAGCCCAGAUCAACAUGGAUGCCCCAAGCUCCGGAAGUCUUGACCUUGAUGAGGAUCCUGACAAGUGGAAGGAUGAGAAAGAUAUUCCAGAGGAUGCGGAGGCUUGGAAAGGCGAGGCAGACACACCUCAGGGCCGCGGAGAGGAGCCGCCGGAGCCCGCCGAGCCGCCCUCGAAGAAGCAGCGGCGGAGCGGCUCGGCGGAGCGGCUCCGCGGAGGGACGGCGGAGCGGAGGGGCUCGGGUGAGCGGCAGGCUCCCAUACGUGGUCCGAGCGUGACCGUGACGAGGCGGCUUUGGGGACGACUGGUCCUGAAGCGUUGGCAUGACCCGGCCGCAGACGGGGAAGCCUUUACAGUUCGUACCUCCAGCUCGGCACUGGGUUGCAAACUGCGACAGAUCAUCAGCGACCGCCUUCCACCGAAGGCUGGUGCACGAGUGGCAGUGCAGAUCGGAUCAGUGGCACUGAUGCCAGACAAGACUCUGAAAGAACAAGGCCUGACAUCUGGAACGAGCUCUGUGAGCUACAUCUAUGAAGCCAGCAACUUGCGUGAAGCGUGGAGAUCUUUACACAGCGAUGCUGACCUCCAGGACCCCAAGGCGUGGGAGGGAAUCACCUACGUCUCUGGGAUCUCUUCGGUGGAACAGCUAAGAGCCAUUCACAAGAGUCGCUUGCAGAGUCUCGCCUUUCGCCCGAGCUACUACCACAGUGGAAUUGCUUUACCCAGCAACCUGACCUGGCCUAACCAGCUGCAACGUUUGAAGUUCAAGGGAGCAUGCCAGCAGAGUUUGGCCUUUACCACUUUGCCUGACAGCCUCCAGUGUUUGACUUUUGGAAAGCAUUUCAACCAGUCGUUGGAGCAGACAGAUUGGCCCAGAAACCUUCAACAACUAAGUCUUGGCACACACUUUAACCAAAGUUUGGCGCAUGUGACCUUUCCCAGCUGCCUCGAACUGCUACAGUGGCACGAACGUUGCUUGGGCCUCGCGGAGUUGCCAAGCCUCCAAGAGCUGCAGAUCGGCAAAGCCUUGAACUUCGCCUUCCGUCGGAAGUGCUUCAAAUGCAAAGCUGAGAAACCCAGGAAUGAGGGCGAUUGGAUCUGCACACUUUGCAGUGGCCUCAACAGCAUGCAUCAACGCGAGUGCUUCCGCUGUGGCGAGCCCACCGACGAGCAGGACGAACCGAAGAAAGAGGCACCUGCUCCGUUGACUCUCUUCUCCUCGGAUCACCCGGAGGACAAGGCGGAGGAGGGCGAGGACGCCGUGGAGGGCGAGGCGGCUGAGGGCGAGGAAGCCGCUGAAGAGGCGGAAGAGGAGGAGAGGUCCAGUCCAGUGCCACCGAAGAGUCCCCCUCCACGUAUGGCUUCUCCGGUGCGCACGUCCCCGCCGCGCUUUCCACCCCCGCAGCCCAAGGGGCCACCGCCCAAGCACCGCGCGAACGCCUCGCGCUCGCCGCCGCGGCUGCCCUCGGCGCCGCCCAAGGGCCUGGCGCCGCAGGCGAAGUCGGGGCUGCCGGCCAAGGCGGCGCCGAGAUCGGGUCCGCCUCCGCGCAAGGAGAGAGGGCUGCCAAAGCAGACGCCUAAGGAGCUGCCUAAGGCGGUGCCAGAGGAGGUGAUGAAAGAAGUGGCUCCGCAAGAGGCGGUCAAGGUCUUUGCACGGUUGUCGCCCAGCUUCAAGAAGUCCUGGGUGCAAUAUUGCCGGAUGCUGCGAGACACCUCGGACCCCAGCAAGUUGGAGUUGGAGUUCAUCCAGCAGUUCUUGGACUACUUGGGAGCUCUCAUUGAAGCAGACCUGCCGCCGCAGCCCUCCUUGCCACCCUUGGCCACGAAGCCCAAGGAAGCCACGGUCUCUAUCAGGCGCUCGGUGGUGGACUGCAUCACCAAGCUCAACGAGACGGGAAAGCUGAAGAAGGAGCUUCGGCUGGAGAAAGUGGCCCAGUUCUUGUCGAAGUUGGAAGAGGAGAAGGGCUUGCAGGUGCUGGCUUUGCUACGGAAGCACAUGCUUCAGGUCGCGGAUCCCAACGAGUUUGUGCGAAUUCAAGCGUCCCUGGAGCAACGCCGCGGCUGA